AGCAAUUUUCGCCACCUUGAAAGUCACAUUUUUGAACAAUUGGCAGUAAUGUGAUAAAAUUAUAAGUUGAGCUUGUUCUUUCAAUGUACUUAUAACUACACAUAUUCAAUGACGAUACCCUCAAACUUCACUAGAACAGCUUCCGUAGCUGUCCAUGGAAUGACAUGCCAGCAUUGUGCAGACUCAGUCACGAAGGGUCUAGCGCAACUAGAAGGCAUCGACGUUUCAUCGAUCCAAGUCGACCUCGACUCGCGGAAAGCUACAUUUAACUACAUAGGGACUCAAGUAAAUAAGGACUCGAUAUCAAAAGCAAUUGAAGAAUUAGGCUAUGAUGCUGGAACUCCACAAUUAGACAUGCCUACCUUGGCUGCUUCGUCGUCUGAUCUGGAACAUGCUCGAAUUGGAAUCUCUGGAAUGACAUGUUCACAUUGCGUCAAUAGCGUCACCCGUGCUCUUUCUGAGCUUGACGGUAUUGAAAAGGAUUCCAUUGUGGUCAAUCUAGAAGAAAAUAAAGCCGAGUUUGAUUACGUACCUGGACACCCAAACGAGGAUAUUAUCAGGGAUGCCAUAGACUCAGCGGGCUACGACAUCGAUAGUGUAGAAAUGCCCAUUUCUUCGACAAAUCCAUCAAGUUCACCAUCGCACAGGAAUCUGUUAAAUUUAAGUGUAUCCGGCAUGACAUGCGAACACUGUUCUAACACAAUACGAAAUGGUAUUCAAGGAUUGCAAGGCGUCGAGCCUGAAUCCAUAUCCAUUGAUGUCUUAACCGGAAAAGUCACAGUAUUGGUAUCUGGAGAAGGCAAUGUCGUGGAUGCCAUUAUGGAGAAAAUAGAUGAUCUAGGAUACGAGGUUACAGAUUGGAAUAAGAAAGCACUUUCAGAGUCCCAACCCGAUAUAUGCUCUGCUCACAUCAUCAUUCAAGGCAUGACAUGUAGCCAUUGCACAACCACAGUUCAAAAUGCCCUUUCGACCCAUCCUGGUGUAAUCCGUGAAUCCGUAUUAGUAAACUUGGAUCAGGGAGAGGCAACUCUUCUCUACAAUGGUACGGAGACGUCUUUGGAGGCUAUGCGAGAAGUGAUCGAAGAUGCAGGUUACGACGUCGAAAAUGUCAUUAGUACGCCGGCCACUGGAAGCUCCACCUUGGACAACGAAAGUAUGACCGAUGUUAAACUUAGGAAGGCAGUGUUUCGAGUUCUUGGAAUGACAUGCGACAGUUGUUCCUCAGCCGUCUCAGAAUUACUGAAGAACUUACCCGGAGCUGUCCCAGAUUCGGUGUGUGUUGGACUCCACACUGAAAUGGGAAUGGUGGUCUUUGAAGGCGAUGCCAUUACACCGAAAUUGAUUACAGAAAGGCUCGAUGAUGCAGGAUAUGAAGCAAAUAAUAUUCAGAUUAUCCAUAAUCUCCUUCCGCCCAAAGUAAUGGAUGAACCGAAGGAGGAUGACCAAGAUGACAGCAGCAGCUUUGUCAGCCUUAAUAAGGUUGUUUCUCACAUCUCUGAAGCAUCACUGGCCGGAAUAUCUAUUUCUUCUGCACGCAAUGAUUCUGUUCAAGUAGUUUCCAUGCAAGUUUCUGGUAUGACUUGUGCUAGUUGCGUUGGCACCAUCGAAAAGAAUAUCAAGACCUGGGAUGGUGUAAUGCCUGACUCAGUUACAGUCAAUCUUUUAACUAAUAAUGCUGCCUUCAAGAUGGAAAAUAGCAGCCUAUCCUCCAAGGAGAUUGCAAAGAAGAUCAAGAAAUUAGGAUACAAGGCGAGCGAUAUCCAUAUGGCUAGCAAAGGUGCAACAGUUGCAACUUCUAGUGCCAAGUUCCAAGUUCAAAUGAUGGUGACUGGGAUGUAUUGCAACAUGUGUGAAACGAAGGUCUCGUCAGCUUUGAAGGAACUUCCUGGUAUAAUCUCAAAUUCUAUUUCGGUAUCAUUUGAAACGGGUAAAGUGAAGUUUCAGCUCGACAGAAACGUUACGACUCAGCGGCAGAUACAACGAAUUAUUCAGAAACUUGGAUUCUCGGCUGAAAGUAUCGAUAUAACCAAGAUGGAGAGGUCUGAAGACGAAAUGAACGAAUCUGAACGUGUCGAUAAAAACCUGGUCAUCACUCGACUCAUUGUCACGGGCAUGACUUGCAGCUCCUGUGUCUCUAACAUUGAGAAGACCUUGUUACGGCAUGAUGGAAUAAACAAGGCUCAAGUCAAUUUGUUAGCCAAGUCUGCAUUUAUUUCGCACAACCCCAGCAAAAUAGGAUCUCGCGAUCUGGUUAACAUAAUAGAGCAAAUUGGAUAUAAGGCCGAAUUGGCGCCGGACGAAGAUCAAUCUAAUCAGAGAGAUGCAAUGAAAGCUCGGAUGAAAGAAGAAGAGCGAAUACUGAGAAAUCGAUUUCUAUGGUCUCUUCUGUUUGCUAUUCCAGUUUUGCUCAUUUCCAUGGUCUUUAUGAUGGCUCUUCCAUCUACCAACCCUGUUCGCCAGCAUCUUUCCAAGGACGUUGUGCCAAACUUAACCAUUGCCAAUUUGGUUUUGUUCAUCUUAUGUACACCAGUUCAAUUCAUAUUGGGCAGCUCUUUCUAUAUUAAGGCGUAUCAAUCUCUCAGGUAUGCCCACACUGCCAAUAUGGAAACUCUGGUCGCACUAGGAACUUCUGUGGCAUAUUUUGCUUCCGUCGGUACCGUGGCGGCUGCUAUGGCAAAGCCCAACACUAUGGCCGAGCCCAUGAAUUACUUUGAAACCAGCGUAUUCCUCAUUACUUUUAUUCACCUUGGAAAAUGGCUAGAAGCACUUGCCAAAGGGAAAACGGCAGAGACUAUCACAAAGCUUAUGGACUUACAGCCGGAAAAAGCCAUUUUGGUUACUGUUUCUCAUGAAGAAAAAGAGACAGAUCCCGGACAACGAGAGAUUUUAGAAGAGUCAGAGAUCGAUACCAAAGACAUCCAAGUGGGGGAUAUCUUAAAGGUACGAGCAGGAGACCGCAUUCCAUGUGAUGGAAAAAUCUGGAGAGGCACAAGUACUCUUGACGAAUCUAUGAUUACUGGAGAGUCAAUUCCUGUCACCAAAGCUGUGUCAGGCGAUGUUAUUACUGCAACGAUUAAUAUGACCUCUGAAAUUUAUGUCAGAGCCGUUCGCGUGGGUUCCAACACUACUCUAUCUAGGAUCAUUCAGCUAGUCCAGGAUGCUCAAGCGUCCCCAAAAGCCCCCAUUGAAGUCAUGGCAGACAAAAUAUCGAGCAUCUUUGUUCCCAUCGUUAUUCUAUUGGCUAUCUUUACUUUUAUCAUCUGGGAGGUGCUUGGAAUUUAUGAAGUAUAUCCGGCAACCUGGGUCACGAUGGGUGAAACCAAGGAAAUCUUCAGUUUGAUGUUUGCAGUAUCGGUAUUGGUCAUUGCGUGUCCUUGUGGUCUUGGUCUGGCUAGUCCAACAGCGGUCAUGGUAGGCACAGGUGUAGCUGCACGACAUGGCGUACUUGUGAAAGGUGGUGGAUAUGCACUCGAAAUGGCCAAUCGAAUUUCAGCCAUUGCAUUUGACAAGACCGGCACGUUGACCACGGGAAAACCAAGCGUUCGAGACAGCUGGAUCCUGCCAGAUCAGAAUGGAAACACAAACGAAGCGCAAACCUUGCUGUCGUGGAAAAUUUUUGGCCGUGUCGCAGGAGCUAGUAAUCAUCCAUUGUCCAAUGCUAUCAAGCAAAAGGCCCAAGCAAUACUUGGUGGAUCCAACGGGGAAGCUGCUGGCUCUGCUACACCUCUCGACGGUGAUAAUAAGCCAGCUUCAGAAACAGAGACUCAGGAGAAGAGCUCAAAAGAUUUAUUUCAAGGCGUUGAUCUUAUGCAAAGCAAGGAAACACCUGGUCGUGGCAUUACUGCUACCAUCAUAGUACGUCAAGACAAUGAAAAGCUAUCAUCGAUCACCGGCGCAUCAAGCAACGUCUACAACGUAUUCCUUGGCAAUGAAGAAUGGAUGAAGGAAAACCUUGCCAAGCACAACAGCAAGGCAUCGUCUAUCUCACGACGUCAAGAACUUGAAAAAUGGCAAGGCGAAGGAAUGUCAAUCGUCAUGUUUGCCAUUAGUCCUGUACAGGCCGCUGAAAAUCCGCCAUCCUAUGUUAAUUUGGCUGAAGGCUGUCAAAAUGAGUGUGGUUGUGUGAUUUGCAACUGCGCUACCCAAGGAAGCUGUGAAACCUCUCGUACAAUUGUGUUAGCGCAAAUUGCUAUUGCCGACCAGCCAAGACCCGAAGCAAAAUCAGUCAUUUCCAGUCUUCGUGCUAGUGGUAUUGAAGUAUGGAUGAUUACUGGUGACAAUCCCAUCACCGGGAAAGCCGUGGCUAGACAAAUCGGCAUCGAUGAAGGUUGUGUGCUCGCCGGUGUGAAACCUGAGCAAAAGGCAGACAAGAUUAAAAACUUGCAAAGAAAGACUAUGGCAGUGAAUCGACAGAAGACUCGUCUCGGUCAAUCUAAGCCUGCAAGAGGUGUCAUCGCCAUGAUUGGCGACGGUAUAAAUGAUUCUCCAGCACUGGCUCAAGCGGAUGUAGGUAUUUCUGUGGGUUCAGCAACGGACAUUGCCAUCGAAGCAGCAAGCAUUGUUCUUAUAAGGAACAACCUCUCGGACCUCCUUACUAUGUAUGAUCUGUCUCGUACCGUAGUACGAAGAAUUCGGAUAAACUUCUUAUGGGCAUUCCUGUAUAAUAUUAUCGCUAUUCCCAUUGCUGCUGGAGUUAUCUUUCCAGCCUCCGGCCAAGGUUUGCCACCGUAUCUUGCAGGCUUGGCUAUGGUCAUCUCCAGCGUCAGCGUUGUAUGUUCCAGCUUGAUGCUACGAUUAUAUAGAGCUCCGGUUUCUUCUCAAUAACCAAUAGAUAUAUAAUCACCAUUCAUCAUAGUCAUGCUGAAAUGAAAUGAAAAAACAGAGGAUUUUAUUACAAUGAACAUGUCGAAAAAGGAGUAUACUGAAUAGAAGAAUAUUGUACAUUGGCAA